UAAGUCCAGCAGCCGAAAGAAUCAAAUCAUCAUCAUCAGCAACAGCAGAUAACCGAGACUCUUCAUUUCAUCAUGAUGUGGCUCGUUUUGCUCUUCUGCGGCGCCGCUUUAGCCCAGGAUGUCACCAUCGAGACUGUAGUGGAGGGAUGUAGUCCUGACAUGUGUGAUCUCCUGAAACAGUUUGGUGCCAUGUCAGAGAAACUCAGCACUGUGGAGGCCCAGAUCCUGGAGCUCAAGAACAAAGAACAAACCAAGGUGAUUUUCAGCGCAGCAGUCGGAGGACCGAACUCUGCAGUCGGACCUGUCAACACAGCCACAACUUUAAUCUACAAAACAGUGUUUACAAACAUCGGCAACGCCUACAGUUCAGCCACAGGUAUCUUCACUGCUCCUGUAGCAGGUGUAUAUUACUUCACUUUCUUUUAUCAUGCUGGAGGGGAACAUCGAUCAUUUCUUGCACUCUACAAGAACUCUCAAAAGAUUGUCGACAGCAGCGAUCAUCCAUCAAGUGCUGAUGGGGCUGAUAAUGGAGGAAACGCCGUGAUCUUGCAACUGCAACAAGGAGAUCAGGUGUUUAUGCAAAUGGAACAAAAUACACAUGUUUGGGGAAAUAGUUAUGUUACAACUUUCAGUGGUUAUUUAAUCACUGCAAUGUAAGGAUCCAUAAAAAGUUCUCCCCUUCACAAAUGUACCUAUAAUUUUAUUUGAAAAGUCCAUUAAAAAGGACGCUGUUGAUGGUUGAAUACAAACUCCAAUACUGGUUUGCCUCUUUUAUCACCUCUUUAUUCUGUUCUUAAUAUCACAAUGUUGUUUAUAGUGAAACUAAAAAGGCAGAAUUUUCUGCCCCUGUACACUGAUUGAUUUCAGAGUUUACUCAUGUUGCCAAAAUAAAAGCACAAUCUUAGAUGGUGAUCCAACAUUUCAUAAACUUUGUCAUCAUUUUUUACUGAAUGCCUCUAAUGCAAAACCUUGAAUGAGUACAACUAAUCCUCAAACAUAUCAGCCAGAUUUUUCUGAAACGUGAUAAAAGCAAUCAUGGUCCUAUGAGAUGAUACCUAAAUGGUUUUUUAGGGUAAUUAUCUUUGCCUUUCACAUGACUUUUCAAAUAAACUUGAA